GAAGAUAUCAAGCUAACUGUUCUUUUUGGACUGUUUUCUGCAACAUUUUCCAGAUUUGGAUUCUGCUCUCAUGAGAAACUAUCAAUAGUGAAACAUCCAUCUCAUGCAUAAUGAAGCUAUGAAUGUUUGUUUCUUCACUAUGGAAAUGUGGACGAGGUAACGAGCACAGGAUACCGCAGUCUGAACUCACAGUUCUCCCUAAGAGUUUUACUAGUGAAUCCGAAGGACACAUGUGUUCCUAAAUCAGAUGAACGCUUCACCGUGGUUGAAGCAAAAAGGCCUUGUAUCAGUUUCUCAUUAUGGACAACAGAGAGAACAUUGCAUCUGAAAUGAUGCAGGAGACUCUGAAAACAUCAUCCCCAGAACCCAGCUGUGUGUCUCUGAGGAGUAAUAAAUCGAUGGAUUGUCAUCCUAAAUUCAGUGAUGAAGCAGUGACUCCUGACCCAGUUGUGUAUAGAGAUGCUCAGAUGGGAGAUCAGGAUUCUCCACAACCAGUAGAUGGUGAACUACAGAGAGUCAAAGACCAGCUCAAAAUCAGCAUGAAGAACAAGUAUGAGAGAUUAUUUGAAGGAACAAAACUCCAAGAGAAUGAAACCCUCCUGAACAGGAUCUACACACAGCUCUACAUCAUAGAGGGAGAGAGUGAAGGAGUGAAUGAAGAACAUGAGGUUUUACAGAUGGAGAAAACACCCAGAACACAACACUCACAAGACACUACAAUCAACUGCAAUGACAUCUUUAAAGCCUCACCUGAACUAGGAUGUAAGGAAAAAGACCAGAUCAAGACUGUUCUUACUAAAGGCAUCGCUGGAAUCGGAAAAACCGUCUCUGUGCAUAAGUUCAUUCUGGACUGGGCCGAGGGAAAAGCCAAUCAAGAUGUAGAUUUCAUGUUUGUGCUUCCAUUUCGAGAGCUGAACUUGAUCCGAGAUCAUCAGUACAGUCUUCAUAGACUUCUGCUGGACUUUCAUCUUGAACUUAAAGAUCUGGACUCAAAGAUUUAUGAGGAGUGUAAAGUUGUGUUCAUCUUUGAUGGUCUGGAUGAAAGAAGAAUCACACUGAUGUUUACAGACGCUCAGAAAGUUUGUGAUGUGAAUGAGACUUCAUCAGUGAGUGUGUUAAUGUCAAACCUCAUGAAAGGAGAGCUGCUUCCCUCUGCUCUCAUCUGGAUCACCUCCAGACCAGCAGCAGCCAAUCAGAUCCCCUCCAAAUACAUCAACCGCCUGACAGAAAUUCAGGGAUUCACUGAGCCUCAGAAGGAGGAAUAUUUCAGGAAGAGAAUCAGUGACGAGCAUCAAGCCAGCAGAAUCAUCUCACACAUCAGAAGAGCAAGAAGCCUCCACAUCAUGUGCCACAUCCCCGUCUUCUGCUGGAUCUCAUCCACUGUGCUUCAGAAGCUCCUGGAAGAAGAUCUGAGUGCAAAAAUCCCUCAAACUCUGACUGAAAUGUACAUCCACUUCCUGCUGAUUCAGAUCAACAUGAGGAACCAGAAGUAUGAAGAGAGAGAUCGAGAGAAACUCCUGCAGUCCAACAGAGAAGUGAUUGUGAAACUUGCUGAAGUGGCUUUCAAACAGCUGAUGAAGCGCAAUGUGAUGUUCUAUGAGGAGGACCUGAUUGAGAGUGGCAUAGACGUUACUGAUGCCCUAGUGCAUUCUGGGAUUUGCACUGAGAUCUUUAAGGAGGAGUCUGUGAUUCAUCAGAGUAAAGUCUACAGCUUCAUUCAUCUGAGCGUUCAGGAGUUUCUUGCUGCUUUCUAUGUGUUUUACUGCUAUUUAAUAAAGAACAUAGAGCCACUGCAUGAAUUCAGAUCUUAUGGAUUUAAUCAAGUCUCUCUGUAUGAUCUACUAAAAGCAGCAGUAGAUAAAACCCUCAAGAGUGAGAAUGGAAGGCUGGAUCUGUUCCUGCGGUUCCUGCUGGGCGUCUCACUGGAGUCCAAUCAGAAACUCUUACAGGAUCUACUGACACACACAGAGAACAGCUCAGAGACCAUCAGGAGAACCACACAGUACAUUAAAGAGAAGGUCAAAGAUCCAGGUUAUAUUUAUUAUCUCUCAGCUGGUCAAUCCAUCAAUCUGUUUCUCUGUCUGCUGGAAGUGAAAGAUCAGACUCUGUCCAGAGAGAUUCAGGAGUUUGUGAAAUCAGACAAACACUCAGAGAAGAAACUGUCUCUUGCUCACUGCUUAAUAAUUGUCUACAUGCUUCAGAUGUCAGAGGAGCCGCUGGAUGAGUUUGAGCUCAUGAAAUACAACACAUCAGAUGAGGGGAGAAGAAGACUGAUACCAGCUGUGAUCAACUGCAGAAAAGCUAUUUUUUCUGGCUGUAAUCUCACUGCUCAGUGUUGUGAGAGUUUGUCAUCAGUUCUUCAAUUCUCAAAUUGUGUCCUGAGAGAGCUGGAUCUGAGUAACAAUGACCUGCGGGAUUCAGGAGUGAAGUUGAUCUAUGAUGGACUGAAGAGUCCAAACUGUCAUCUGGAGAUACUGAGUCUUGCUGGCUGUAAUCUCACUGCUCAGUUUUGUGAGAGUUUGUCAUCAGUUCUUCAAUUCUCAAACUGUGUCCUGAGAGAGCUGGAUCUGAGUAACAAUGACCUGCAGGAUUCAGGAGUGAUGCUGCUCUCUGACGGACUGAAGAGUCCAAACUGUCAGCUGCAGAUACUGAGUCUUGCUGGCUGUAAUCUCACUGCUCAGUGUUGUGAGAGUUUGUCAUCAGUUCUUCAUUCCUCAAACUGUGUCCUGAGAGAGCUGUAUCUGAGUAACAAUGACCUGCAGGAUUCAGGAGUGAAGCUUCUCUCGGAUGGACUGAAGAGUCCAAACUGUCAGCUGGAGAUACUGAGGUUGUCUGGCUGUAUGGUGUCAGAAGAAGGCUGUGGUUAUUUGUCUUCAGCUCUGAGUUCAAACCCCUCAUACCUGAGAGAGCUGGAUCUGAGCUACAAUCACCCAGGAAAGUCAGGAGUCCAUCUGCUCAACCACAAACUGCAGGAUCCAAACUAUAAACUGCAGAUACUCAAUUUGGAUCAUGGAGGAGAGAUCAGGAUGACACCAGGACUACGAAAGUAUGCCUGUGAUCUCACACUGGAUCCAAACACUGCAAACACUCGACUCAUUCUGUCUGAGGAGAACAGGAAGAUCACAUGUGUGAAAGAUCGUCAGCCGUAUCCUGAUCAUCCAGACAGAUUUGAUGAGGAUCCUCAGGUUCUGUGUGUUGACAGCCUGACUGGACGCUGUUACUGGGAGACUGAAUGGAGUGGAGAUGAUGCUGAAAUAUCAGUGACAUUUAAAGGAAUCAACAGGAAAGGAAAGAUAGAUGACUGUAAAUUUGGAUCCAAUGACAAAUCCUGGAGUCUGUUCUGUUCUGAUAACAGAUUCACUGUCUGGCACUAUAAGAACUACACUGAUAUACGUACUAUCUGUUCAUCCUCUAAUAGAGCAGGAGUGUAUGUGGACGUGUCAGCUGGCUCUCUGUCCUUCUACAGCAUCUCUGACACACACACACUCACACACUUACACACAUUCAACACCACAUUCACUGAACCCCUCUAUGCUGGAUUCAGGCUUGAUUAUGAUUCUUCAAUUUCUCUGUGUCAGAUUAAACAACACACACACUUGUAAAUCCUCUUUCUAAUGUUCACAUGCACACAAUUUCAUCGAAUCUGACAUUACAUUUGUAUUAAUUCAUUUUUAAUUAGUUUUUCAUUGUCAUCUAGAAGUUAUAAAUAAAUUUCAUUAACAUACUAAUAAAGUUGCUUUGAUAUUUAUAUUUGAAACUGAUCAUCAAAUGUAAUUAAAUUACAUGUAUGAUUCGUUUACUGAUGAACUUGUUUAUGAAUCACUGAUGUGAACUGAUGACCGUAUGUAUAUUCAUGAAUGUGAUUGAGAUCAGCAGAAUGAAACACAGAGGCUGAAUUGACUCAGAAUGAAUCCGUCUCCUGAUCGUUUGCUUUAUUUUUCUGUCUGUGCUGAUUUAACACUCAAUUUACUAAAUGUAUUCUGUACAAACACUCAGUUUUGCUGCUGAACACAGUUGAUCUCGCUGUAAUUCCAGUCUUUCAGGAGCUUCAGAGCUUCAAUCUGUUGCUUGAUCACCAGCAUCUCUUCUUCUGAAAUGAUUGUCUUUUCUGCUUUACAGCAGCCUCUGAGCCUCAGCACUCACUGAAAUAUCUUGAGUAAAUAACAUUCACUUUACUGUUGUUGUAGAAUUUUCCUUGUUCAAAAAUAAAUUCCUAGAGAGGUUUUGAAGCCAAUAGACUUUAUUGACUAUACAACAAAGUCGAGUUACGGUUUUCAAAGGUAACUCCCGAUUGUCUGUGUUACACUCGUAUAUAUGUGCCUGAAGCUGUUCCACAGUAUUCCUUAUAUGUUCCAUUGUAUUUUGGGACCGCCAUCUUUUACCAUAUAUGUGUCAAUGAAAGUGAUCAAUAGCUUGUCAUGCAAGUAUUCCUAGCUCCUGAACAAAAAGUCUUCCAUAUAUGGGUUUUUCAAACUUUAAAUAGUUCACUCAGUUUACGGCUCACUGCAAUCCUUAACACACACCUAUUUCACACAAUCAGACUAAUAAUAGUAGAAUAGUUUCUUCUUACAAAUAGGCAUAAUUCUAUGUAUUAUAUUAAUUCAAGAUUAAUAAAAAUCUACUACACUGUGCUUAGUUUGAUCUAAAAAAUAUGCAUUAAUAUAGUGGUUUAUGUCAUGUAUUUUGUAUGAGUGUGCUACCGGUACCUGUGUGACGUCAUCAGCAGUUGAUUUCAGUAAAGAGUCUGAAUCCCAUUGUUACAGCCCUGGUGUCUGUGUCAUUUCAUUAUUUGCCUAUAAAAACAUAUAAAAGAUAUAACAUGGUGGCAGAAGUGGGAUAGAAGUAACAAAAAGCACCACCGUCGGCUUUGUCUCUUCAAGGCAAAUUCGAAUAGUACCUCAUUGCUAGCAGUGUAGCAAAGAAAUCCAAUAGGGUCUGGCUCCAGACAUGCACUUGCAC